AUGGAAACUGGAUACAGGGACUCUGGGUUGAAAAUGAACGAAAGGAAGUAUGAAAGAGGAGAUGAGAUAUAUUCCAGCUCUGAGAAUUACUUUCCACGGAGUUAUUUGCCUACCGGAUAUUUUUCUCGUAGCCGUCCGCCUGCUGAAAAUAUUCCACCAAGCUAUUCAUCCUAUGGAUAUUUACCACAUAGUCUCCAUUCUGCAGGACUUGAUAAUCCUCCAAAGGACAUGGAAAUGACACCCAGAGACCGAGGUUUACCGCCCCAGAGUGUGCUCUACAUAGUAGGUGAUAUUAAUGGGAAUGGGAAUAACUCAUUUCUAGCUAAUGGACAGCAACAAAAUCAAAUUUACCAUGAUCAACAGCAAACAGAUAAUGACGAGGAACCACCAAAGCCAAGAAAGGUAUGGUGGUACACUGUCUGUCGCGUAGUUUCAGCCAUUUUGAUUAUCCUUAAUGUCACAUCCGACUGGCUACAGUACGCAGACAUGGAAGACCCUAUCGAAAACACUAAAAAUGCACUCGGAAUCACGGUAAAUAAUUGUACAAAUUCUCAAGAACUCGUUUCAGGGGAUGUGGCGAAUCAUUUUACAAUUGCUGGAACAGUCAUUGCCUUUCUUCAGGUGGUCAAUAUUGUUUACCAGAUUGUUCAGAAUCACCGCUUAGAUCCUAUCGUAGCAAUUCCAGAUCAUCUGGAUGAACGAACAGAGGUAUUUCUGGUGACAACAUUUAUUGAAAUUCCACAAAAUUUUCUACUUUUUCGAUACGAAAAAACUAUAUGUUUGGAAUGCGGAGUAAAAUGGGAUUCGAAUAUCAAACGAUUCGUUAAUGGACUAGUAGCUUGGUUAAGCAGCAUAUGGCGCUACAUAACAAAUGUGAAAGUAUCUUCAGAUAAAAAGAAAAACGGUGGCUGUUGCAAAAAUCCUUGUCAGAAGUGUGCGGAUUGCUGCGGAAACUGUAUUAAAAAGUUCUGCACUGGUUUGCUGAAAUGCCUUUGCCCUUGUUGCUGUUGUUGCUUUGAUUGCAAGACAUUUUUUCCUUGCUGCUGUUGCUCGAUCAUUUGUAAAAAAGGAAGCUGUUAUACGGAAUGCUGCUGUAAUGGGGAUUGUUGUAAAGGCAACUCCAACGAGCCGUCUAUCCUGGCCAACCUAGCGGCCCUACCCACGACCCUCUACACGUUCUUGUACAUUGCAAGGGUGAUGAAACCUUUCUGCAGCUUAUCGGGAAUUUACCAGUACUACAAAAUUGCACCAAUUUUUAUAAACGAAGUCAUAAUCAGUUGGUUUUGGGACAAGAUUUUCUGA